GACUGAGUCCUUAAACCUCGGUGAUCGGUGGGAGUGGGACUGCCAAAUUUUGAAAGGACUCCUCCUGCGUCUGUGCUCCGACGCCUGAAACCCUAAGCCGCCAUGGAUGCAGGGGCUACCAGAGACAAGACUUCACCUCCACCGAACCCCUCCAAGUUUUACGUCUACCAAAACCCCUCAUUCUCUGCCGUUCUUACCGCCCAGAGUCUCCAACCUUCCAGCCACACUUUCCUUUGCAUCGUUUCCUUCUUCUCUGCCUCUGCUUUAGCUUUUAUCACCGUUCUCUUCAGGGAAAACGGAUUCAUUGACUUCGUGAGGCUGAAAAAUCUUUCUCAAGAGACAGCCUACUGGCUUGCCAAGACUCUGCAGGCUUUUGUGGGUCUCAUCUUCGCUGGAACUAUAUUUGCUCUCCUUAAAGCUAUAUUUCUGCAUAAAGUCAGAUAUACUGCUGGUGUUCCAGCGAUGCCUGCUUCCAAAGUUAGUAGGAAUGAGAUGUUUCUUACAAAACGUCAAUUAGGGCUUCUGGGAGUGAAGCCAAAUGUAGAAUGUGUUCAAUAUGAAUCAAUUAAAAAGCCUCCCAAGUCUAAAUCGACACCCAUAUCUUCAGAUUUGCUUGUGCCCCUUCAUCAGCCGAUUCCCAGUCCUAGUCGUUCACCUCAUAUUGAUGCUGAUGGUUCGAAUUCUAGUAGGGGAGGUAAGGGACGUCCUAUGAGCACCCCUUCUAAGUCACCCUUAUCCUCUUUAUAUCUUGUCCCUGGGGUGACUUCACCUCCACCGUCUCUUCAGAAUUCAGCUGGAACGGAUUCAGUUAUCUCAGGUCCUUGGUCCAAUAGGCGAGCCUCUCCUGCUAGUAAGAUAACAUCAGAAGAAAAACUUGAACAGUUCUUAGCAGUAGUCAAUGAAAAAAUCGAUGAAUCAGCAGGGAAGCUGUCUACUCCACCCCCUAUCAUGUCUGGUUUUGGCAUUGUGAGCCCUAAUACAGCUACAGGGUCAGCUAAUACUUCUGGAACUACAAGGCUAACACCUCUGAGGCCUGUGAGGAUGUCACCAGGUUCCCAAAAGUUUAGCACGCCCCCAAAGAAAGGAGAGAGUGAUCUCCCUUCACCAAUGUCCAUGGAAGAAUCUGUUGAAGCUUUCGAACAUCUGGGCAUCUAUCCUCAAAUUGAGCUGUGGCGUGAUCACCUUAGGCAAUGGUUCUCUUCGGUUUUGCUGAACCCUUUGCUUGACAAGAUUGAGACCAGCCAUAUUCAGGUUACGCAAGCAGCCGCUAAACUUGGUAUUUCAGUCAAAAUCAAUCAAGUCGGAAAUGAUAUGCCAUCUCUUGGAACCCCUGCUACCUUCCCAACAAUUGAUAAGACAAAAGAUUGGCAACCACAGUUGAAUCUCAAUGAAGAUGGACUUCUUCAUCAGUUACGUUCUACCCUUGUGCAAGCCAUAGAGGGUUCCACGUCCAAGCUGCCUGUGUCAAAUUUGCAGCAAGGCCCACAGGCUCAGCAGAAUACUAUGGUCCCCUUCAUGCAGGAUUGCCUGGAUGCCAUCACUGAACACCAAAAACUUCAAGCUUUGGUUAAAGGAGAGUGGGUUAAAGGUUUACUACCUCAAAGCACUGUUCGAGCUGAUUACACUGUGCAAAGGAUCCGAGAGCUUGCGGAAGGAACAUGCUUGAAGAAUUAUGAGUAUCUUGGAAAUGGGGAGGUUUAUGAUACUAAAAGUAAGAAGUGGACAACUGAGCUGCCGUCUGAUUCUCACUUGCUCUUGUAUCUGUUCUGUGCUUUCCUGGAGCAUCCAAAGUGGAUGCUGCAUGUGGAUGCCACCUCAUAUGCUGGGGCUCAAUCUAGCAAGAACCUAUUCUUGGGAGUCCUUCCUCCAAAGGAAAGGUUUCCUGAGAAGUACAUUGCUGUAGUAUCUACUGUCCCUUCUGUUCUGCAUCCAGGAGCAUGUAUACUGGUGGUUGGUAAGCAGAUCCCCCCCAUCUUCGCACUGUAUUGGGAUAAGAAGCUGCAGUUUUCUCUUCAGGGAAGAACAGCCCUUUGGGAUUCCAUCCUGCUUUUGUGCCAAAAGAUUAUGGUUGGCUAUGGAGGUAUUGUUCGAGGCAUGCAUCUUGGUUCCUCAGCUUUAAGCAUUCUCCCAGUAUUGGAAACAGAAAGUGAAGGUUAGGGUGUUUACAGACAAACCAUUUUGUAUGCUAACAUCAGCGUCGUCCAUAGAGUAACUGACAAUUACAUUGCAUCCUCGCAAAAUUCAAUUAGGUUUUUCUUGGACGUGAAUUGAAUUUCAUAUGGUUUAGAGUUUGGCGGCGGAUGCUGAUUUCACCGUGUUUCGGGUCUAACCCUCACGACUCUGUACAAUUCAGACCGUGUGAACUUAAACCGCCUGCAAUCAUACAUAUCAUGUUAGAGUUCGACAUAUUAUA